AAUUUCUACGUUGAUCCUUGUUGGGUGAUCCCAGUUUCCGGUUGGUCCACGAUCGCUCGACGAGGCCUUGCCAUAGGCACGCCGCCGCCGUAGUGUCACUCGAACUGGGGCUUUUUCGCUCCCCAGCUAUGGCCGUGUGAUCGAAACAGCCAGCCGGUCGAAUUGUCAAGACAAACGCAGCCUACCGAGACGGACAUUUUCUACCCCCCCCCCCCGCCCCACGACUUGUUUCACAGUUGGUGUGCCGUAAGAACGAGAAGAGGCUAAUCGCUCGCUCAAGCUAGCACUGCUCCGAAUCGGAACCCGGUGUCCGUUUUCAAGAUGUCAACGGCGGGCUUCAACGCUCAAAACGGAACGGGACAGCCGUACGCCAAUGGUCCUUCACAGAAUCCGGUUGGUGUGCAGCAGCUGCCGGCCGUCAAUUACGGCGUGAUGCCCCAACCCGGCUACAACCCGAUGCAGGCCAAGGCUCCAGCGCCACAAGGUCCUGGACUUUAUCCCUCUGGGCCGUACCAGCAUAUCCCCCCGGUCAGCUCCUACCAACCUGGCGUGCCACCCGCAUCCUAUCCAGCUCCGCCAGGCCAACCUCACCUCACUCGACCCCCGCUGGGCGGCCCCACCCCUCCUCACUCUGCCAGUCCCAGUCCUGGUCCCAGGCUGCCCCCUCCGCAGGGCACACCUCCUCCACCCAUUGCAUCUACUAGCGGCUACUACCCGAACCCUCAACAUCAGCAGCCUCCCCUCAUGGCUCCGGCGUGGCAGUACAACUCUGCUCCUCCCCCCAUGGGACCCCCCGGGCCUAUGAGCACGCAACUACGGGGCCCAGCGACGAACCACGUGACCCCACCUGCACCUUACAGCUCGACACGCUCACCCUCAAUGUCCCAUAAUGCCGUGCAGCCCCCCACCUCUCAACAAGGAUACGGGCAGCCAGGUGGCGCUCCUCCGCCAAUGAAUCCAGCAGCUUCACACCAAUACCACGGAAGUGGAGCUCCUUAUGGGACCGCUACCACCAUGAAACCUGCUGCGCCGCCGCCGAUGGUCAAUGACACACCUCAACCGCCAAAAGCAGAUGCCGGUCCACCUCAGCCCGGCCCGCCGGGUCGGCACUUGGGCCACUAUCCCUCCCUCCCGCCGAGGUACCAGCACCCCGCAUCUCCCCACGGCGGACCCUCAACCACGCACCCAGCAAUUCAGAGCGCCACGCAGCCUUACACUCGGCCACCUCAGCCAUACCAGCAGCCACCUCCUGGGCCUGGGCCAGCCCAGCUCAGCCCGUCUCUGGCUACCAUGAGUCUGCAGUCCGGCACCCCCGAGACCCUGCGAGUAGUCAACCUGCUCCAAGAGCGGAACCUGCUCCCCUCUGGGCCGGUCUCAGCCCCCACCCCUUGCCUACCCCAAGACCUGCAGAAGGUGAACUGCAGCCCAGAAGUCUUUCGUUGCACGCUGACCAGCAUCCCUCAGACGCAGUCUCUGCUAAAUAAAGCCAAGAUGCCGCUCGGCCUGCUGCUGCACCCGUUCAAAGACCUCUCACAACUUCCUGUGGUGACGUCCAGCACCAUCGUCAGGUGUCGCUCUUGCCGGACCUACAUCAACCCCUUCGUGUCCUUCUUGGACCAGAGGAGGUGGAAGUGCAACCUGUGCUAUCGGGUCAACGAUGUUCCUGAGGAGUUUAUGUACAAUCCAGUCAGUCGAUCCUACGGAGAACCACACAAGAGACCCGAAGUACAGAACGCAACCAUCGAGUUCAUCGCUCCUUCAGAAUACAUGCUGAGGCCACCGCAGCCGGCCGUGUACCUCUUUGUCAUGGACGUGUCCCACAACGCGGUGGAGACGGGCUACCUGAAGGUGUUUUGUCAGUCGGUGCUGGACAACAUCAACCUGCUGCCCGGAGACUCUCGGACAAAAAUCGGCUUCAUCACCUUCGACAGCACCGUGCAUUUCUACAACCUUCAGGAGGGACUUUCCCAGCCUCAGAUGCUCAUCGUCUCAGACAUCGAAGAUAUCUUUUUACCGACACCAGACAGCCUUUUAGUGAACCUCAGUGAGAGAAAAGAGCUUGUGCAAGAUCUUCUGAAGAGCUUGCCCACGUUAUUUGAGAAGACCAUGGAGACGCAAUCGGCGCUGGGCUCGGCCCUGCAGGCCGCCUUUAAGCUGCUGUCGCCCACCGGUGGGCGCUUGUCCGUCUUCCAGACGCAGCUCCCCAACCUGGGCGUCGGGGCGCUCCAGUCCAGGGAGGACCCCAACCAAAGAGCAUCGGCCAAGGACAUUCAGCACUUAUCCCCGGCGACAGACUUCUACAAGAAGCUGGCGCUGGACUGCUCGGGCCAGCAGGUGGCUGUCGACCUUUUCCUGCUCAGCUCUCAGUACUGCGACUUGGCAUCUCUCGGCUGCAUAUCGCGGUACUCUGCCGGGAGCAUCUACUACUUCCCUUCCUACCACCACCAACACAACCCUGCCCAGGUGGAGCGCUUCCAGAAGGACCUGAAACGAUACCUGACGAGGAAGAUCGGCUUCGAGGCCGUCAUGAGGAUACGCUGCACCAAAGGUCUGUCCAUUCACACGUUCCACGGCAACUUCUUCGUGCGGUCCACAGACCUGCUGUCACUGCCCAAUGUGAACCCAGACGCCGGCUUUGCCGUGCAAAUGUCCAUCGAGGAGAACCUGGACGACAUGCAGGUGGUCUCCUUCCAGGCUGCGUUGCUCUACACCUCCAGCAAAGGCGAGAGGAGGAUCCGCGUGCACACCUUGUGCCUCCCGGUGGUGCACUCUCUUUCAGACAUCUUUGCCGGCGCUGAUGUUCAAGCCAUGGCCGGCCUCCUCAGUUGCAUGGCCGUGGACCGCUCGGUGACGGCCAGCCUGAGCGACGCCAGGGAUGCCAUGACCAAUGCCGCCAUCGACUCGCUCUCAUCAUACCGCCAGUCCGUGCUUACCAUCCAACAGCCGGGUCUGCUGGCCCCAGCCUGUCUCAGACUCUUCCCCCUCUACAUCCUCGCUCUGCUCAAGCAGAAAGCAUUCAGGACAGGAACCAGCACCAGGCUAGAUGACCGGGUGGCCUCUAUGUGCCAACUCAAGUACCAGCCGCUAGCCUACGCCAUGCUGAUGAUCCACCCCGCAUUGUACCGUGUGGACGACCUGACCGACGAGGGCGCUUUGAACGUCAGCGAGCGGACCGUCCCUCAGCCGAGGCUGCUGCAGCUGUCUGUGGAAAAGUUGAGCAGGGAGGGAGCCUUCCUCAUGGAUGCUGGAACGAUCAUGUAUCUGUGGAUCGGACGCAACUGCAACCCCAACUUCUUCACGCAAGUCCUUGGUGUUCCUGACUACGCCGCCGUGCCUGAAAACCUUUAUCUGCUGCCAGAGCUGGACACUGCCGAGUCGCAGAGGACCAGAGCAUUCGUGGGCUGGCUGAGGGAGCAGAGGCCCUUCUUCCCCUCGUUGCACGUCAUCAGAGACGAGAGCCAGCUGAAAGUCCCGUUCAUGCAGAACAUGAUCGAGGACCGCACCGAGUCGGCGCUGUCCUACUACGAGUUCCUGCUUCACCUGCAGCAGCAGAUUUCAAAAUGAUCCGUUUGCGUGCAAAAGAGCCGACGCUUGUGAUGGACGCUUUUCAUUUAGCCUUGGAGGUGGUUUAACAAAACAAAAACAAAAAACGCACACACACACACACACACACACACACACACACAUAUAUAUGUAAAAGAUGGAAAGUAUCAGUGUUUAUUCUCAUAGAACAAUAAUGUCCAAAGUUGGGGGUAUGGCUCAGAUGUGAGCUCGCUGAUGGCAAAAGCACAGACUCCUUUACUCAAAUACGUCACGUAUGCAAGUGUGUGUGCGAGCGUGUGUUAAAGGCUAACUGGGGUGUCUGACUGUUAAUCUGAAGUAUUUUACACAGCCAUCACUUUUUUUUCCUUUUAUUAUUUUUGGAGGGAGGGGGACGGCGGUAUCCAUCUUUCAGUGUCUAACAAAUGUCAAAAGAAAAAAAGAAAGCAAGCUUCGGGCACCGCCUUGAAUGAUGUGGAAUCGCAGUCUCGUCUUUUUUUUUUUUUUUUUUUGCUCCUCCUCCUUUGUUUAAUUUAUGAGCCUCCCAAUGUAAUUAAAAUUCAAUGAUUGCCUUGAACGGGGCUAUACUUUUACUACUAAGCCUCCUGUCGAAACGUAGACUAUAUGAAAUAUUUUAAUAUAAUAGCAAAUGAGGUUGUUUUUGUUUUGUUUAUUAAAACGACACAUAGAAAAAGCCAUUGUGAUCUUUUAAUCAUGCUUAUUGAUACUUGUAUAUUGAAAAAUACUGCAUUAUAUCAGUGGUGGAGAGAUGCUAAUGAAUUUUAGUAUGACCGUUUAGGUAAACUGUCAAAAAUAAAUUGGGACUUUUUAAAUGUAGUGUUGUUUUUUUGUGUGUGUGGCAAUGAGUUAACAGCUGGAAGAAUGUGGACCAAACCAGGCACUUUUUCUUCUAUCGCCAAGUGUGAUUUGCCAAUUUGUAAUUGAUGUAUU